GCCGCUCCCGCCGCCGCCGCCGCCGCCGAGGUGACUGAGGAGAGAGGCUCCUGCCUCCUCGCUCCCGCCGCCGCCGGACGUCAAUGCCCAGUCCCCAGCUCGCCAGCGUUUUUUGUUGGAAUAUACGUUGCACAUUUAUGGCGAUUCUGAGCGUGAGGGCAGACUUCUGCCAGGCUCAGCACAGCGUUUUCGCUGACAAGUGAGCUUGGGGGUUCUAUGUGCCAUAAUUAACAUUGCCUUGAAGACUCUGGACACCGAGACUGGCCUCAGAAAAUAGUUGGCUUUUUUUUUUUUUUUAAUUGCAAGCAUAUUUCUUUUAAUGACUCCAGUAAAAUUAAGCAUCAAGUAAACAAAAGUGGAAAACGAUCUACACUUUUAACUUGUCUCACUAGUGCCUAAAUGUAGAAAAGGCUGCUUAAGUUUUAUAUGUAGUUGGAGUUUUUUGUUUUGUUUUUUUGUUUUUUGUUUUUUUUGUUUUUUUUUUUUUGGAGUCCGAAGGUAUUCAUCUGCAGACAUUGAGGCCCAAGUUGAAUCUGGAUUCAAGUGGAUUCUAAAUACUUCUACUUAUCUUGAAGAGAGAAGCUUCAUAAGAAACAAGUUGAAUAGAGGAAACACUGAUUGAUAAUAGGCAUUUUAGUGGUCUUUUUAAUGUUUUCUGCUGUGAAACAUUUCAAGAUUUAUUGAUUUUUUUUUUCAUUUUCCCCAUCACACUCAACACACGCACGCUCACACUUUUUAUUUGCCAUAAUGAACCGUCCAGCCCCUGUGGAGAUCUCCUAUGAGAACAUGCGUUUUCUGAUAACUCACAACCCUACCAAUGCUACUCUCAACAAGUUCACAGAGGAACUUAAGAAGUAUGGAGUGACAACUUUGGUUCGAGUGUGUGAUGCCACAUAUGAUAAAGCUCCAGUUGAAAAAGAAGGAAUCCACGUUCUAGAUUGGCCAUUUGAUGAUGGAGCUCCACCCCCUAAUCAAAUAGUAGAUGAUUGGCUAAACCUGUUAAAAAACAAAUUUCGGGAAGAGCCAGGUUGCUGUGUUGCAGUGCAUUGUGUUGCAGGAUUGGGAAGGGCACCUGUGCUGGUUGCACUUGCUUUGAUUGAAUGUGGAAUGAAGUAUGAAGAUGCAGUACAGUUUAUAAGACAAAAAAGAAGGGGAGCGUUCAAUUCCAAACAACUGCUUUACUUGGAGAAAUACCGACCUAAGAUGCGGUUACGCUUCAGAGAUACCAAUGGGCAUUGCUGUGUUCAGUAGAAAGAAAUGUAAACGAAGGCUGACUUAAUUGUGGCAUUUAGAGGGAACUCUUGGUACCUGGAAAUGUGAAUCUGGAAUCUUACCUGUGUCAUCAAAGUAGUGAUGGAUUCAGUACUCUACCACCGUUCUAAUGAUUGAAAAAAAAAAAAAAAGCAAACAAAAAAGAAGUCCCUCUAUAACAUGAAUAAAAUGUUUAAGAAAAGAAAGACAAAGAUGAAAGGGAUUAAUUUAGUGAAGGAUGAUUUUGCUCCUAGUUUUGGAGUUUUAAUUUCUACCAGGAUUAAGUGAUUUCAGAAUUACCUUUUUUAACUUUUCAAAAUAGGUCUCUACGGAAAGCCAGCAGAACAUUAGCCUGUGCAGCACCAUCUGUCUGGGGAGCGCACACUCUUCCAUUAUGCUUGGCACAUAGGUCUCCCAUGGUGGGAUGUUUCUGGGGGGAGAAGAGGAGUAUUUUCCCCCCUUCUCUCUUAUCUCCUGUUCCCCUCAUUUUCCCCUGAUACAAGUUGUAGAUGAACUAGGAGAAUCCCUUAUUGCUGUAGAUGUGUGUGCAGUCUGGCAGCCUUAAGCCCACCUGGGCACUUUUAGGGAAAAAACCAAAAACCAAAAAAAAGCAGUGGCAUAUAUAUAAAAAAUGAUCCAGAUGGUUUUAGUCUUUACAGAUGCUGGGUGUUCAUGUUCCUUUCUUUUCCUCAAAACCCUAUCUAACAUGAGGCAAAGUAGCCAACACGUUUUGUUUGGAUUUUUGUUUUGGUAAAUUAGUGGGAAAAUGGCAUUUAAGAGGAAGGAGUCUCUCAAAAAGCUUAGCUGAGAAUUGAGUUCCUCUCUUUCCCAACCAAUGACGCUAAGUGGGCAUCCCAGAAACUUACUUUCUGAAAAGGAGACUCCAGGUCUUCACUGAAGACGGUGUGCACCUGUAGAAUGCUGGCCGUAGCACUCCUCCCAUCUUCUGUCUGAUGAUGUCAGAGAGUGCUGGUAGUUUAAGAUUUUUAUUUUAGGAUUACUUGUACUCUGAAAUUUCAGAAAUGGUCAAAGGAGCAAUAGCAAGGUCACAGUAUUUUAGGCUUGAGAAAUGCCUGUGGUAGGUGUUUUUCCAAAUUGCCACCUAUGUGUACAGUUCAGUAAAACCACUGAUUGCCUUGUUACUUUACUAGGUUUUCCAAAACCAGCAAUGCCUAGUGAGUAUGUGUCCACAGGCCAUAUUGGAGACAUGGAGCAGCCCAGUGAGUAGCAGAAGGCCUGUGUUGUUUGGGAAAUGGUAUAUAGUAGCAUUUGUGCAGAUUUUUUGCUGGGUUCAGUGUACUUAUCUAGAAAGGCUUUCUGCUUCUUUGUAGAAGGCAGCUGUGACUGGGCUGCAUUGAUAAAGCAGGUGGAAGGGCACUGUCAGGUGUUCCUGUACUCUUUUCGCUGAAAUACUACAUGCUUAUUAAUGCCCUGCUUCCAAGGCUCUGAAUACAAGCUUAGAGUCAUCUUGUCCUGCUGGAAUUUGCUGUGCAGAGCCAUAAGCUUCCCAUUUAUUAGCAUUGGCUCGGCCAGUAGGAAUGGACUGGGACCUUGUCUCUCACUGAUGAUACCUCAGAUGUUGGCCGGCUAUGUGAAUUGCCUAUUUCCUUUUGCUGGAGUUGUUUUGAUUUUUAGCUAAAUGAAAAUCUAAACUCUCUCCUCUUCCAUCCCAAAAAACAAAACAAAAUCAUGCUUUUUGAAGUUAUUUCUAGAAUUUUAAGGAAAAAAAUGAUGGUACUAUCCAAAGUUCUUUAUUUCAGAACAUGAUAAAUAGAUGCCUUUAAUGUAGACUCAAGAUCAAAAUAGCGAAUCCUCUAAGUUCAGAUAGACUGUUGACUCCAGGGGUUUUGAUCAAUACGAUAGCAAACCUUUUCCCUUUGCCAUGCUAUAGAUUUUGUUGUUUGGGGGGAGGGUGUGUGUGUGUGUGUGUGUGUGUACAUGCGUGCGCAGUGUCCAUCAGUAUCAGUGCCUGCCUGGGUUAGGAAAACUAACAUUCCUGGUUCUGUGUGAGGAGAAGAGUGUAUAAAGCAACAUGAAAUAUAAGCCCUCAUUUUGUUUUAAAUUACAGACUACAUGUUAAUUGUUCUCAAAACUGGAUUUUUUUUCCUUCAAAAUUGAAACAAGUUUUUCUUUUGGAUUUAAUGAAGCAUUGCUAGCUGAAGCCAGUCUGACAUGGUAGGAGAGACGUCAGACUGAUGAACGGUGUGCUGCCUGAUUUAAAACCAAACCCUGAACCCUUUUAAAGAACAAUAAAACAUAUUUUACA